AUGACGAAACUCUUCACCCCCCUCCGCGUCGGCCGCGUCGAGCUCUCCAACCGCCUCGCCAUGGCGCCAAUGACCCGCUUCCGCACCGACGACAACCACACCCCACUCCCCAUCGUGAAAGAAUACUACGCCCAGCGCGCCUCCGUACCAGGCACGCUCCUCAUCAGCGAAGCAACCAGCAUCGCCGCCCGCGCGGGCGGGUACCCCCACGCACCGGGCAUCUACAACGACGCGCAGAUCGCCGCGUGGAAGGAAGUGACCGACGCCGUGCACGCGAAAGGCAGCUACAUCUACCUGCAGCUGUGGGCUCUCGGGCGAGUCGCAAGCCGCGAGCUUCUGAAAGCAGAAGGCGGCUUCGAUCUCAUCUCGAGUAGCGCCACGGCCGUGAACGCAGACUCGCCUACGCCGCGCGCGUUGACCGAGUCUGAGAUCCAUGAAUGGAUCGCGGACUAUGCGCAGGCGGCGCGGAAUGCCAUUGCGGCGGGCUUUGAUGGUGUCGAGAUCCAUGCUGCCAAUGGGUAUCUGAUUGAUCAGUUUCUUCAGGAUACGUGCAAUAAGCGUGAGGAUGCGUGGGGUGGGAGUGUAGAGGGGCGGGCGAAGUUCGCGGUUGAGGUCUCGCGCGCUGUUGUUGAGGCUGUUGGGGCUGAUCGGACGGGUAUUCGGUUAAGUCCUUGGGGCGAGUUCCAGGUGACGAGGAUGGAGAAUCCGAAGCCGCAGUUUGGGUAUUUGGCGGCGGAGCUGGCGAAGUUGGGACUUGCGUACACGCAUUUGGUUGAGCCGACCACUGAGGGGAAUGCGACUGUUGAGGCGGGGGAUAAUUUGGAUUUCUUCCUAAAGGCUUACGGGAAGGCUUCGCCGGUCAUUGUUGCUGGUGGGUAUGAGGCUGAUUCGGCGGUUCAGGCUGUUGAUGAGAAGUAUGUGGAUUACGAUGCUAUUGUUGGCAUUGGACGUCCGUGGAUUUCGAACCCCGACUUGCCGUUCCGUAUUCAGAAGGGUAUUCCGUUUGCGCCUUAUGAUGUUAGCACUUUCUAUAUCCAGGACCCCAAGGGAUACACUGAUUAUGCAUUCAGUGCGGAGUUCCAGAACUCUAUUGAGGCUGCGGCAUGA